AUGACAAAGGUCGAUGAAUCAGAAAACAAUGGCAUAGCCAAGAAAACGUCGGGAGAACAGCCUUACAAACUCUCCUACUCAGUGGGUGUAGCAGAAAAUAAGAAUUCGAAGUUUCGCAAGACGAUGGAAGAUGUACAUACUUACGUCGAAAACUUUGCCUCGAGGCUCGAUUGGGGUUAUUUUGGAGUCUUUGAUGGCCAUGCUGGAAACCAGGCUUCUAAAUGGUGUGGCUCUCACCUUCAUUCCCUAUUACAGAAGAAGAUAAUGGAGAACGAGAGGAGGGAUGUGAGAGAAGUGCUUGAUGAAAGUUUUACGUACGCAGACGAACAUAUCAACUCUAGUCUAGGGGGCAACAGCGGAUGCACAGCUGCGGUCGGCAUAUUGCGUUGGGAAGUUCCAGAUAGCGUGCCGAGUGAACUCAUAGAGCUGGACCAGCAUAAGAGAAUGCUAUAUACUGCGAACGUUGGCGAUACCAGAAUAGUAUUGUGCCGUAAUGGACACAGUGUAAGAUUGACCUACGAUCAUAAAGCAUCAGAUACUUUGGAAAUGCAAAGGGUGGAAGCCGCUGGCGGAUUAAUUAUGAGAAGUCGCGUCAACGGAAUGCUUGCAGUUACGCGGUCACUGGGUGAUAAGUUUUUCGAUAGCCUGGUGGUCGGGAACCCUUUCACUACCAGUGUCGAGAUAACCACAACCGACCAGUUUCUUAUAAUAGCCUGUGAUGGACUUUGGGAUGUAGUUGAGGACCAAGAGGCGUGUGAUAUGAUCAAAAAAAUUGGCGACGCUAACGAGGCGGCAAAGACACUAGUGCGAAUGGCCCUAGAAAAAGGUACUACGGACAACGUCACAGUUAUGGUGGUGGUGUUUGAUAGCAAUCCUUAG